AUGCAUGCUGCCUGUUCUAUUCAUCAUACUGCACUUUUUCCCCUUUCCUUUGAAAUUAUAGGUAGCAGUCCAACGCAGGACCCCAAAACAACGGAGUCCAAGGAAACAACAGCAGUACAGUCGCCACAGGGGGAACCAGGAACAGCAGCACUUCCACCAGGACCAUUGUCACCGGAUCCUAUAUCCACGUCCACACAGACACCUUCUACAGAGCAAACAGGGGCAUCGGGUGCAGCUGGACCACAGGGUCCCUCUGGUCCGCCAGGUGCAAAAGGUGAAGAAGGUAAACCUGCGGAUGGUGUGGUGGAUGCCGGCAACGAUGACCCUCCUCCUCUCAAUCCACCCAAACCAAAACCAGAAACCACGAACCCCCAUCAGGCACGUAGUAGUGUCGGCUCAGGGAGCCCCGGCGGCGUCCAAGACCCAGGUAGUACCGCAGGGAGUUCUGAGAACGGCGGGGGCGGUCUACCAGAUGGUGCUGGUGGUGGAGGAGGAGGUGCAAGUUCCUCAUCCUCUCCUUCAGAACCCUCCAGUUCCGCUCAAGGAACAGAAAUAACAACCACAACAACAAUAACGCAGACACCAUCAUCAGAAACCUUAUCACCAACAUCACCACAAUCACCAGUGCAGCCAUCACCCCCCAAGGCGGGGGAUGAUGCUGUAGCUCACUUUGUUCCCCCUCCAUCGAAACCAUGCGACCCCAAGGAUCUCAUCCCGUACACACCCGCGAUCAUUCCAGCGGUGGUUGGUAUUGGGGUUAUUGCGUUCUUCCUAUGGAAAAAAGAUGUCACACGUGAACGAAGAAACAACAUCGACAAGCAACGUUGCACAAGGAGCGUCGCCGUCCCGAACGGACACAGCACAUUCCGCAGCAUCAAGAUGACUGCGAAAGACAAGAAGAGUACGUGGCCAAAGUGCAAGUAUAUAACAGAGCUGCUAGAAAGAGCCUACGACGAUGUCGAAGAACCUUAUGAAGAAACCUACGAAGAUAUUGAACAAACAUAUGAAGGAGCCUACGAAGAUGUCGAAGAACCUUAUGAAGAAACCUACGAAGAUGUCGAAGAACCUUAUGAAGAAACCUAUGAAGAUGCUGACGAAGGAGUAUAUUCUGACGAACAGUGGGAGGAAGCAGGAGAAGAGGAUGAUUAUGAAGAGCAGGAAGAAGAAGCUAUUCUAGGACAAUGGAAACCAGAGCAGCAAGCGGUACCACAAGAAGUACAUUAUGAUGGAGAAUGGAACAUAAAACAUGAUGCAAGGAAAGAAGAAGUCGAUGAAUCAGACACAUUAUCUGCCGCAGCAUCAAUCACUGAGUCGACAGAAUCAGUCGUUCAGGCUAUGGAACAAGAUGCUGAGUACAAAACAGAAUCUUUUACGGGAGAAACAAAAGUUCCUUGA